UCUUCAUCACACUCUUUCCUUCUACCACAUUUCUUUCAUCUAACAAACUUAAGCUUUGCAAAAUCGAAUCAUGUCUUUGUUAACUAUGGGCGAUGAACACAGAGGCACAAUCGAGAAUAUCUCGACAUUUGAUCCGAAGCGGUUUAGAUGUCGUGUACAUGAAUAUGUACCCCACGAUCCUUUAAUAGAACCAUAUAUUAGAGGAUGUGGAUUUGGAAAUCUCCUAAACAUUGUUUCGUACUCGGUGGACUACAAGUUCAUCCUAGCUUUGUUGGAGAGGUGGAGACCCGAGACCCACACAUUUCACCUUCCGAUUGGUGAGUGUACCGUCACACUUGAGGACGUGUACAUGUUGUUGGGCCUUCGUAUAGAUGGAAAGGCAGUCAAUGGGAAAGUUAACCAUGUCAACGACAUAUGCAAUGAAUUACUGGGUGCCCCUUUGUUAGACGACGAACCUGAGGGAGACACAUCCAGUCAAGCAAGGGGGCAAGGUAUAAAUUUAAAAUACCUUAGACAAUAUUAUAACAGUAUAAAGCACGUUCCUGAUGCUAGAAGAAGGAAGCUUGAUGACAAGAGUGGAGCUAUUAUUCUGGUAGGAUAUCAUAAAAUGGGUGCAUACAGGUUGUUCAAUCCAAUUAAUAAGAAGAUGGUGAUGAGUCGAGAUAUUGUGAUUAAUGAAAAUUCUGCUUGGGAUUGGAAUUAUAUUGAUGUAAUUGGCAAGCCAUUGAUAAGCUGUGAUUUUGAUGAAGCAAGUAAUGAUGUCUAA